AUGACUAUAGAAAGGCAAUGGUAUUUGUAUAACAAAAUACGUGAAUUUGUCGAAGAAGAAUCUAAAGAUAUUUUGUGUCCCAAACCAAUAGUCUUAGACGACAUAUCCACUCCUAGUCAAUGUAGUGUAGUAGAAGGAACAACUACUUCUACUUCUAAUACAUCAUCCAAUCAAAUUGCUAAGAGAGUUAGAAAAACGCCAACUUGUUCAUACUGCAAGGAAGUCGGUCAUAGGAAUCAAUCAGCUGAGAAGCAGCGACGAUACCGAGAACGGUGUAAAAAUAAUCCUGAAAAAGUAGCAGAAGCUAAACGAAAAGAUCUAGAGAGAUACCAUGCAAAAAAACGCUUAGUAAAAGAUUUAUGGCGAUCUGCGAACUCUAGACGGAAAGAUAAGGCUAGAGCACUACGUAUUGUUAUGCACACUCCAGAGUCUACACCACCUCGAUUAGAUAGUCGUGCUUCUAUAGAUCAAGUUAUUUCAAGGGACUAUCGUCGUUCGUCAACACCCCAGCUGUCUACUUCUCGUGAAAACACUCCUCACUCAACAACAUCAUCGGUUGUUCGCGGCAGAAAGCAAGUAAAAAGAAACAGAUCGAAAUUAUUUAGAGAUAAUACAAAGUUGAAGGAACAGUUACAGGCAGUGAACAAGAAAUGUAGUUACAAAACUUUUACACGAUACAGACCAUUUUAUGUUGUGCUUCCUACUGUUGCUGCAAGAGAAACAUGUUUGUGCCGAAUCCAUACUAACAUUCAAUAUUUAGCAGUCUCUGUUACUUUUUUGUCCCAAUGAUUAAAGAACUUACUAUGGAAUUUUAGGGAAACCUAUUCAGUAUUAUAUUGUAAUAUCACAGUACAUUAAUUCUUACAUAUUUAUGCUGUUAUAAUGUUAUACUUAGUUGUUGAUAUAUAGACAUUUUGUAGACUUUGAUAGAAUUUAAUAUCUGUUAAUGUUUAAUAAGUAACAGAGUUGUUUAAGAUCUAAUUAAAUUAUUAUUAAAGUUUAAAAAAACGUUGUGAUUCUAAACGUGAUUAUAAGAUAUAUGACUGUAAUUAAUAUAAAUGCCAAAAUAUUUGCGACUGAUUUGUUUAAUUUCAUAAUAAAAGGUAAAACGUUAUGGUAACAGAGUUGUAUUUCUUUUCACCCUGACCCACUAAAUGUAGAAUAAGUCGUAAAUUAUUAAUUAAACAUCGCGGCCGACUAUAAUAGACCAUACUUUAGUUAUUUUAACAGGUAUGGGCACAAAGAAAAGUAAAGUUUAAAUAUAUUUACAAUUUCAUAUUUUUACAAUUUUAUGUUACGUUUACCUGCCCUAAA